AUGGCAGAAGGAACGAGAAAAAACCCUUUGGAAUACCAACGGGAAUACAACGAAUUUAUGUAUAAAUUAAAGAGAUUUUUGACUUCAAAAGAGUAAGUGAAUUUCGGGGUUUUAAAUGCCAUGGUUUACAUGUUAUUGUGUGCAUAUACAAAAGUACAAUUCUGUUGUUCGUUUUUGAGUAAUAUCUAAAGAGUUGGGGUUAAUUUUGAGAAUAUGUAAUUAUUUUUUAUUGUUUGUUUAUUAUUCUAGCAUGCCAAUGAAGAAAUUACCUCAAUUUGGUGGGCAAGACAUAGAUUUGUAUCUUUUAUACAAGACAGUCACAAAUCUUGGAGGCUGGCUAAAGGUAAUUUUCAUUUUAUUUUCUACUUUUCAUUUCAUUUCAUUUAAUUAACUUUGGCAUUUGACCAAAUUUAGGUGACUGAUGACCGAAAUUGGCACGAAGUGGCAAAGAACUUUAAUUUACCACCAAGUUGUUUGAAUUCGGCAUUUGCUCUAAGGCAAUUGUAUGUUCG